AAGAGAGCUCCCUGUUGAAUUAUGAAAUCCAAAUAGGCGACUAUAUAAACAAAAUGGACACACGUACGGGGUGUAAUUGUCAUUGUACAUUCGUACGUUCAAAGUGUUACCUGAAAUGGCCUUCAAGAUCUUCAUCCUACUAGCAACCAUGGCUCUUGCGAGAGCAGAAGCUCAAGCCGCUGUCUUAGCUCCGGCACCAGUUCUGGCAAGGAUAUCCGAUUCCACGUUUGACCCAAACCCAGCAUAUUCUUUCGGCUACGAUGUUCAAGAUGCUCUUACUGGAGACUCUAAGGGACACGUCGAAAGCAGAGCUAAUGGAAUUGUGUCGGGUCAGUACAACGUUGCCGAACCUGAUGGUACCAGGAGGAUCGUGGACUAUACAGCAGACCCAAUCAACGGAUUCAAUGCAGUGGUGAGAAAGGCUCCUCUAGCAGUGGCUGCUCCAGUAGUAGCAAGGGCAGCGCCCUUAUUGGCUAGGGCUGUGGCACCUGCACCGAUUGUGGCCCAUGCGGCACCCAUUGUGGCUGGUGCUCCAUACGCCAGAAUAGCGCUUGGUUGAGUUUUAGGUGAAUACCAUUGUGACAUAUAAGUUGAAUCACUCGUCAGCAGAACCACUUCCUGCCUUCAAAGUCGGAGAGACCCACUUCACUUACCCGGCAUUAUAGGAGCACAGGCGAAAAUUCUUAUAUUGCCGGUGCUUGGUCUUCAUAUUUAAGCAUUUAAUGGUUUUGUUGCAGUGAUAUGACGUAGAUGUCAUUAAGGAGAUCGUAAUAGGCCAAUUCAAACUCUGUUGUGAUGUUAUUUUAUACGUUUGUACAUAUUUUUUACCUUAUUAUGUAGUUUUAGUGUCUACUAUAUGAAAAUAUAAAGAUGAUGCAAGUGA